CCGCGAUGGCCCCGUCGGCGCUCGCGCUGCUCCCGCUCGCGCUGCUGCUGCUGCUGCUGCCCGGGGGCCCCGCGGGGGCGGCCGCCUGCAAGGUGCCGGGGCUGUGCCUGCGGGCGCCCGCGCCGCCGCCCGCGCCGCCCGUGAACGUGAGCCUCUACUACGAGCCGCUGUGCCCCGGCUGCCGCCUGUUCCUGGUGCGCGGCCUCUUCCCGACCUGGCUACUGGUGCUGGAGAUCCUGAACGUGUCGCUGGUGCCCUACGGGAACGCGCAGGAACGGAGCGUGAACGGCUCGUGGGAGUUCAGCUGCCAGCACGGCCCGCGCGAGUGCAGGCUCAGCCGCGUGGAGGCUUGCCUGCUGGACAUGCUGCCACCCGGCGCCGCCUUUGUGACCAUCGUGUGCCUGGAGGAGAUGGACGACAUGGAGCAGAACCUGCAGCCGUGCCUGGCGCUCUACGCCCCGGGGGUCACAGCCGAGAGCGUCCUGGGCUGCGCCGACGGGCAGCGGGGCGCGCAGCUCAUGCACAUGAACGCGCAGCUCACGGACGCGCUGCAGCCACCGCACCAGUUCGUGCCCUGGAUCCUGGUCAACGGGAAGCCCCUGGAGGACCCCAGCCAGCUCCUGAGCCUCGUGUGCCAGUUGUACCAGGGCGACAAGCCGGAGGCCUGCCCCUUGAAGUCCACAUCCACCCGGGAGGUCUGCUUCAAGUGACCGGAGAAGGUCCCUGCGUGCUGACCCAGGAUUCCCCUCCACGGGUUUUCCCCCAGCCGGGAAACUCCUACACGUCCCACAACGCCCAAGCCCCCAAAUCCCACAAGACCAAGCAUCUUGCCUCCCCGAGAAUGGUGCUAAAUCGAAACGAGUUUAAUAAACUUUGGAUGUGCAACUCGUGCCGCGCCAGCAUUUC